GAGUCAGCUGGUUGGAAAGUGCAGGUUGAGAUCAGCGCAUGUGUGUGCGUGUUUGUGUUGGAUGUGUGCGAGUGUGAGUGUGCGUUUACGUGUGUGUACGUGUACAAGGAGAGCACGUCGGGGGAACAAGGUGAAGACAAUAGACCAGCGGGCAGAGUUUUUGGGGGGAAGCAGUUUGUGUAGAGAUCCAGACGAGGACAGUCGAAGCGCGCCGGGUGCUGCUCCGUCGUGCGCCCUGGACACGAUACUUGAGCUGCGUCCUGCACUUUGAUUACCGGUGCUGGUGAGACCAGAGGCUACUGACGAAACACCAUGGCCUUAGCGGGAUGCCCCGACUACUUCUUACAUCACUCAAACUACCAGGAAAACAUGGACCACACGUCCUCUCGCAGGCCUGAGGAGCUGAUUGUUCCAGGCUUUCAGCGCUCUGCCACUCAAAAUUUGCCACAUCACCAUGAUGAUGAUGUGGACCUGGAGCAGCUGGUGAAUGACAUGAACUCCUCCAUGGAGAGUGUUUACUCUACGCAGACAGACACGGCGCUGCUCCUGAACAAUGGCCACGUGCACGCUCCACACCACCACCACAUGCACCCUGCCUACCCGGGACACGGUCAGGCCCACCGUCGUCACACCCCGCCCCUGCACCCUUCCUCCCCAUCCAGGGAGAGGCUGCGGCACUCUCAGCCCAUGCACAUCCAGACUGUCAGGUGCCUGCAGGAAGCUCAGCAGUUGCGCCCAGCCUCCAUGCCGGCCAUCCCCAACCCUUUCCCUGAGCUCUGCAGCCCAGCGGGCUCCCCGGUUCUCAGCCCCAUACAGACCUCCGACAACCACAUAGUGAAGGUGUGGAGCGAGGAUGGGGCCGGUAAAGUGGUGGAGAUCCCUGCAGACAUGACGGCCAGAGACGUUUGCCAGCUCCUGGUCUACAAGAGCCACUGUCUGGAUGACAACACCUGGACACUGGUGGAGCACCAUCCCAUCCUUGGCCUUGAGAGAUGUCUGGAGGAUCAUGAGCUGGUGGUUCAGGUUCAAGCCUCCAUGAGCAGCGACAGUAAAUUCCUCUUCAGGAAGAACUAUGCCAAAUAUGAAUUCUUCAGGAACCCCCUGAACUUUUUUCCAGAGCAGAUGGUGGCUUGGUGUCAGGAGUCUGAUGGCUCAAUCCCUCAGUCACAGCUCUUACAGAACUUCUUGAACUCCAGCAGCUGUCCAGAGAUCCAGGGCUAUCUGCACUUGAAGGAGCCUGGACGCAAGUCCUGGAAGAAACUCUAUAUGUUUCUGCGACGCUCUGGGCUGUACUACUCUACUAAAGGAACAUCCAAGGAGCCCCGACACCUGCAGCUGCUCUCAGAUCUGGAGGACAGUAACAUUUUCACAAUAAUCACUGGCAGAAAACUCCACAAUGCUCCCACAGACUACCAGUUCUGCAUCAAGCCCAGUAAAGCAAGGAGUGACUGUAAGGAGCUAAAGAUGCUGUGUGCCGAGGACGAACAGAGCAGGACCUGCUGGAUGACUGCCUUCAGACUGCUCAAAUAUGGCAUAGUACUGUAUCAGAGCUACAACGUUCCCCAGCAGAGGAAGUCUAACCUCUCGCCUUUCUCGGCGCCUGUGCGGAGUGUUUCUGAGAAUUCCCUGGUCGCCAUGGACUUCUCUGGACGGACUGGUCGCGUCAUUGACAACCCCGUUGAGGCACAGAGCGCAGCCCUGGAGGAGGGACAGACCUGGAGGAAACGGAGCCAGCGUAUGAAUGUCCUGGGCAGUCCCAGCCCGCUGCACCCAUCCUCUCUUAGCACAGUGAUCCACAGGACACAGGUAUGGUUUCAUGGUCGCAUCAUGAGAGAGGAAGCCCACAAAAUGAUCCUACAACAAGGCCAAGUAGACGGGUUAUUCCUUUUGAGGGACAGUCAGAGCAAUCCCAAGGCGUUUGUGCUCACCUUGUGCCACCACCAGAAGAUCAAGCACUUCCAGAUCCUACCGUGUGAGGAGGACGGUCAGGUGUUCUUCAGCCUAGACGACGGCGCCACAAAGUUCACCGACCUGAUCCACCUGGUGGAGUUUUACCAGCUCAACAGAGGAGUGCUGCCCUGCAAGCUGAAACACCCCUGUACCGCCGUGGCCUUGUGACACUCCACGUCCCUAACACCUCCACCCCCUUUUUGCACACCUCUCACCCUGAGAUCCCUACCCCCAUCUGCCCCUCCCUCACCAACGCAAUGAGGUUGAGGAGAAAGAGAAAAGUUGAGUCAAGUUUGGGGGAUGCGAAUAUGUCAGUAGGAGCCUGCGUUGGUGGUUUGAUUUCCCCAACCCGCCCGUGCUUUUCUCCGCCUGACAUCUUGUUUGGAUGUUUGAAUAGGAACCGUUCGGACAGUUGAAGCUUUGCAGAUUGUGGCCAACUCCAGCGACGUUGAUAUGGAGACUUGUUUUAUCAUUGCAGUUUACCCCUGGAGACAGACCAUGUGUUGUGAAAACACUAGACGGCUAAGAUCUGUUCAGCAGGAGUGCUGCAGGUCUCCCGGUUGGAUCCCUUCCUCAGAGUCCCCCGUCCCUCACCUAUCAAAUCCCCCAGGCCUGAUAAGCUGUGGCGGGGAGCGCCACCCUCUGACUUCCUCAUCGAUCAUCAGGGAUGGACGGGAACCUCUAUGGGUCUUAUCAAACUCGAUCCAGGAGUUUUCUCAACCUGUGCAGUCCAGUCUGGAUAAGCUGACACCUUUCCACCCCCCGUCCCAAGCGGCCUCUCUGCUGUGUUGUCCCACAAUCCCCUGGUGCAACCCCGAUUCCCGCCUCUCCACCUCCACAGAAGCUCAGAGAAAGGUCGGGAGAGAAAAGAGAAGUAAAGGCAAGAUAAGCGGAGCAUUGGCGAGGGUUUGCUGAAAGGACAGAGGAAUGUUUAUCAGGAAGGUUGUAACAAGCCUCUCUUGUAGAGUUGAUUACUUGAUGUCAUUUUAAUGCUGUUUUAUUACUGUUGAUUAAAUGCAGAACUAGUUUUGCACUCCCGGGGAGACAGACGACAGCUGUUCCCUCUAGCUAAAUGAAGCUGCCUGCACUCUGUUUGUCAUCCUCCUCCUCCUCCUCCACCCCCCUUCUGAAAAGCAUGCAUGUGAAUUUCCACCAGUUCUGAUUGGAUUACAGUGGCGUGGGAGCAAAGACAGUCACGGGUGAUUAUGCAGUGCCUUUCAGACAGGUUUGAGAACAUCUUGGACCUCUGUGUGGUUUGAACCAACAUGACCAUGCUUUGGUUAAAAAAAAAAAAAAAAAAAGUGCUCCUGAAGCGGCUACAGCGUCUCAAGACCAUGAGGAAGAGGAGGAAGACUGUUAAAUAGACUCCCCCACCCCCAAGCUUCUGCCAUUUCAGUCUUUUUUUUAAUCAAAAGGGUUAAAUUUGUUGGUGAAUUUGUCUUUGAAUGUCAUUAUCUUUUCCCAAGUAAACUCAUAGCUUGCACAUUUUAAUUAUCUUGAUUUGAUAUUGAUAGGUUGGAGCUGUCAUGUUCGGAUUCUGACCACUGUUCCUUCUCUCCAGAAAAGACAAAUGAACAAAAGCACUCAGUUUUUCUUCUUCCUCGUUUUAAUAUGGAAUUGAACAAAUGACUUGAAAUGUGAACUCAGUUGACUGUACGUCAACACAGUUUAAUGAGAUUCACUCGCCUUGAGAGAAAAUUGUGAGCCUUGUGUAUGAAAUCUAAGCUAUAUGAAAAUGCACAUACAGUAACACAUUUCAGAUUUUUAACAGGAUGGAGUAACAUCAAGAUUUAGAUUAUGUUCAGUGGAUAGUUUAACCUUUUUGGAAAUAAUCAGAUUCAAUUUCUUGUUGAGAGUUAGAUGGGAAGAUCGAUACCACUCGUGGCUAAUAUGAAGCCGCCGUUAGUUAGCUUAGCUUAGCAUAAAGACUGGAAACGGUAAACAGCUAGCCUGGCUUUGUCUAAGGGUAACAAAAUCCUUUUACAAGCAACUCUAAUGCUUUCUAAUUAACACGUUAUAUCUUGUAAAAAAACGACAGUUUGUGGUUAUGUGCUGGACAAGUGCAGUGGCUUUCAAAGCCAAGCUAACCAGCUGAUGGCUGUACAGUAGUGUCAUAUUUAUGGAUCUCACCACAAUGGAAAAUAGUCUUGACUAUUAUGUUAUCCUUGAAAUCUUGACAUAUGAGAGACCUGGGGUCCUCUCUCUCUCAUUGUGUCAAAUAAACAGAACUAAAGACACGACAGUGGUAUCAAUCCUCUCAACUCUUGUCAAAAAAGCAAACAAGUAUGUUUCCCAAAAUGUCGACCUGUUUCUUAGAAGUAAAAAUUCACUUGAACACGCUUCAGAAAAUGAGUAGUGGUGAUGCUGCCUUGCAUUUCUGGGCCUAUUUUCCUGUUGGGUGCUGUAUUUAACUUCUUUCUGCAGAAAACUGGCUAAAAUGUAACAUCAUGUCCAGAUAUUUCCAGAAGAUGCUUUGGAGUUUGCUAGCAUCAGUGGUGAACAUCAGGUUGUGGUGUCAGUCGCUCACAAUCAAACACUUUGUCCAGCAAUUAUCGAGGAGAAAUUCCUGAUAACUGAGGUAGAGGAAUUCCACACCAGCAGUAGCCUCAGUAGACCAGAAUGCCUUGCUGCCAUUAGGCGAGUUGUCGGUAAGAAGCUAUACCAAGUGUUCAUAAAUUAUUUAAGAGCUGAAAUGAUUAAUUGAUUAAUCAACAGAAAAUUUAUUGGCAAUUAAUUUGGAUAAUCAAUAAUAAUUUUUUUGCGAAAUGUUAUAGUUCCAACUUGUGAGCAUAUACUGCUUUUGCUUUUCUUACAUUAUAGUAAAUUAAAUAUCUUUGGGUUUUGGACUGAUGGUCAGACAAAAAACCUUGGCCACCUUGGUAUCUAGGACAAUGUGAUGACAUUUUUCAUAAUUUUCUGCCAUUUUAUAGACCAAACGAUUCAUCGAUUAAUCAAGAAUAUCAAAUGUAUCACAGUUUGGCUAGCUAGCUAAAUUCUAUUUCUAGUGGUUGGUGAUGCGUUUUCGGGGAGAUGGAAUGAAAAGGAGAUGAGGCAUGUACACUAGGCAAAGUUGGUCCACCAAAAUAGUAGAGCAACACUAAAUCACUAAACAUAUCUAACUUAAAGACAUCGUGCAGGAUUAGAACAAGUCCAGCGUUGGUGCCCCUAGUGGUGGCAUAAAUAACAAAGCAUAAAAAGUGUCUUUAACAGAUCAUCAGAGUGGAUUCUUUCUCUCUAAAUUUGUUUCUGAUUGCUGUGUUGUUGUUAAAGGAAAGUGAGGACCAAUGUUUGUAGGAAUAUAUAACAGGAAAAGAGGUUAGAGACAUUUUUAAGUCCUUUUGUCUUUUCCUGCCUAACACCUUCUUAGCCUCGCCCUACAUCCCUCCGGCCCUCACCUGCACCUCCUCUCCAUCUUGUGCCAGAUUCCCAGUGAACAGGGUUAGCGCGAGGCCAUCAGACUCCCUGCCAGGCUAACUAAACUCUCUCCAAGUACUGUCAUUCACUCACAAACCACUGCCACAGUUCGACUAAUCGCGUGACUUGAUUGACUCACCAGCUCUGCGCUCUACCAAUCAGGCCUUUCUAGUCAGCCAGGGCAGACUCUUUCCAGGAAUUGGAUAAUGCUUGAACUCCCCGCCCCCUUUUCCCACCUAUGUCCAGCCUGUAAGCUAUGACCGUGUGUGUGUGUGGCCAGACUGUUAUAUUCACUAUUCAGGAUUGCUAAGUUUGUUGGUUAUCAUAACUUGCCUUUUAGAGACAGUAAGAGAAAGGUUGCUUGUCAAGCUAAGCCGUGGAUUUAGAGGAGACAGGAGUUUGGCUGGAGGAAUCCCAGCAUUCCCAAUCCUCCAUUGAGGUUAUUUCCUGUUUGUCAGAGAGGGACAUGAAGCCACAUCGCUAUGGGUCAGCGGGGACGAACCACCGUUCUCUCCUCCUCCCACCAUUUUUAAUCACUGUGCAACAAUGCAAUCCUAUACACAAGCCCAAGUAUAUGAAUAUACCAGUAAACAGUAUAAUUUUUUUUUAAGUAUGUGAAGCUAUGGAGAAGACGUAGCUCUAACACUGUACCUAGGUCACAGAUCACUAUGUAUGGGGCGUUAUGCUUUUGCUCAUAACUCCGUGUAAAAUGAAGAAUGAUUUAUUUUGUCCAUUUUUUUUUCUCCAUUAUUUGAUUGUGUGUAUAUUGACAUUACUGUGUAUUUUCUUUGGUUUGCCACAAAAUUACCUUUUUUAUAUAUUAAAAAAAGAAUAUACCACAGUAUAUACAGUAUUAAAUUAAGCUGUUUUUUUUUAUUUUAAGAAAUCAAACUGGAUUUUUGGCGUGUGUCAAAUUUCUGAACUUCCGUUGCGUGUAUAAGCUGACAGGCUGACAGUCUUCAACUCUGCCAGCGUCCAACUCUGAUGCCAUUUUGUUUUACAGUCACAUCUUUUGAAUAUCCCCCUCUGUCUGUCUGCCCCAUCUGAUUCCACUCUUUCACUUUCAGUUUCAAGGCAGUAAAUGUUUGGAUAUUAUAUGCACACACACACACAUAAACACGUGCCAGUGGUUUUUCAUUAAGAGCGCGCGUGCACGCACACACACACACACACACACACACACACACACACACACACACACCGACAGUAACCCUUGGGGAUAUUCUUAGCAGCUUUUCUAUACCUUUCAUCACAACUAGUGCAAUUAUACUCUGUAGCUCAAAAAGGCUGUGCAUUUCAUUAUGUCCAUUUACUCUGAUUUUUAAGGUGCAUAACAACUCUUUUUAAAUUCUUUCUCUUAACUAAGCCUAUUCUUGCAGCAGGUGCCUCUUGUUUGUGAACAGUAUCAAGUCCUUAGUUGCCAUCCGUCCACUCACUGCAUUCAUUUACAGUUAGCUGUAACUGUGAAACAUAAUCCUACUGGAAUGAAAUCCUAAUAUCAGGUCAACAUCGCAUACAAGUCCCAUCGACAUUGGUGACUAACAGUGUAAGUGCAAGUGAAGCUGACUCAGUGUUGGUUGAGUUUUAUUUUGGGGUUGAAGUCAUCAUAAGCUGACGUCAAAUAAACAUUUCAGGGAAAGAAAAAAGGAGCAAAUGAACCGUAAUAAUUUUUUCAGAUAACCCCACUGUGCUUUGCUUCAUUCUGUCUGUACGGCUCUGGAUCUACAUUGUAUCCUGUUCAGGUAUUUUUGUACAAAUAAGGGACUGAUAUAUUCUCUGUUUAUUGGAAAUUAGAAUAAAAGACGACAUUGCUAUAAACCAAAAA